UUCUACAAGGUUGUUUUAUUUUUACUGAGGGAAUUGAUGAUUUGGGAGCAGGAGACAGUAGAAGACAAGGCCCCUAGUGACCAGAUUAGAUGAAGCGGAGGGGUAUCUGUUGCUAAAUUACUGAUCAAAGUCUGUAAGGUCAGUGGGGAGUAUAUCCGUACUGAGCCUAGAAAAACAAAUAGGAUGGUUUGAGUGGGAUGCGGUGUUGAAAAGGGAGUGUGUGGCGUUAUUACUGUUAGGGGUGACGGGUAUGUGCAGGAGGGCAGGUGGCACCUUGCUUGACUUGUGCCCGAGCUCCUUCAGCUUGCCCAAAAGGAAGCAUUCCUCUUCUGGGGGACUUUGCAGGGUUAGGAUGUGGUAAAGAAUUCUUCAGGGGUCAAAGCUAAGGCAUGGGGUCGCAGUGGAAGGUGAUUUAAGUUCUGUUCUGAUGUAAAAAAUGAAAUGGGACCCCUUGGGCAGCUCACCGCUCGCUCUUCCCCCUCCCUCCACACCGCUCUGCACCACGAGGGAGCCUGAGGGCAGCUGUGCAACGUGGUUUUGCACAGAGAUGCAACUCUGUGAUUCAUUGUUUAAUUUGGAGCGACUGUUGAGGCAGAUUCUGGCAUGGCAGAGUGAGAGGUUUCCAAUAGCCUUUUCAUUUUAUUUAGUGCUCUAGUGCCAGGCUGGUUAUCCGUAUGGCUUUAUUCUCUCACGCCUCAGAUGGAGAGAUUGUUAGCUGUUCUCGCCAAAUAAAACAUGGCUCCCUUUCUUGCUAGCUGCUACUGAAUCCCCUGCCCUGAGGUGGAUGUCGAGUCCUUAAAGUUUGCAUCAAAGAUAGCAGUUAUUUCUCACUACUAGUGCAUGUAACUCACGCCUGCUUGAUACUUGUGAUUGCUGACUCUUGUCAGAUAGUGGAGGUUUUGAGUUUUCUGGCAUUUGUUACGUUUCAUAGUCCAAAGUAGAACGAACAGCUGUUGUGUUCAUUUGCUUUUAAGGCUGCUGGUUCUCUCACCCUUGAAGACCUUCCACUGAAUGAAGGUGCCUUCACAUUCCGAAGCAGCAGAUGUGGGAGAUGGGACCAUUUCCCUUGUGUUUUAGGUGACUCUGAAACCUGCUUACCAUGAAGUCCCGAAGGAGAUAGAGGGACAGUAGUGGGAAUUUCUUCCCACUCCUCCAAAAAAAUCCAACAGUUGCCUAAUGGGAUUGCCUCUUAUGCUGCCAUCAUGGGGAGCUGCUGCAGUUGUCUGUGCAGAGACAGCAUCCCAGACAACCAUCCCACCAAAUUUAAGGUGACGAACGUGGAUGAUGAAGGUAACGAGCUGGGAUCUGGGAUUAUGGAGCUGACACAGACGGAGCUCAUCUUGCACACUCACAAGCGAGAUGCUGUCAGGUGGCCCUACCUCUGCCUGCGCCGCUAUGGCUAUGACUCCAACCUCUUCUCCUUUGAGAGUGGUCGUCGCUGCCAGACAGGGCAGGGGAUUUUUGCCUUCAAGUGUUCCAGAGCAGAGGAGAUCUUUAACCUGCUUCAAGACCUGAUGCAGUGUAACAGUAUCAACGUAGUGGAAGAGCCUGUUGUCAUCACCAGGAACAGUCACCCCACGGAGCGGGAGCUCUCCCGGACCCCCCAGGCACCCAACAGUCUGGGGUACACCGUUCCAGGAUUUCCCAACGGAUUUCCCAGCUUCCCUGGAGAAACCCUAUCAUACUCCACAGCCCGCCACCCCUCCGUGAGCAGCCUGAGGCAUUCCUCUGUGGGUGAAGACUCUACUCAUGCCCUUAUUGGGCCUGAUGAGCAGUCCCACACCUACGUCAACACGGCCAAUGGUGAUCAGGAGCUGAGGGGCCAACACUGCAUGCACUCCUUGCCUGAAGUCCACCCUCCUUUCCCCCCUAGGAACCGCAGCUGCUCCCUUGAAGACCGCAAUCCCCAGGUCUUUCUGCAGCCAGGGGAGGUUAAGUUUGUGUUGGGUCCCACAUCCAACUUCAGGCGCGUCUGUCGGCACCACCGGGAGUGCAGGACGCACUUCUGCCCCCCCAACAACAACAACAACGAGUGCGAGGAGGAGUGCCCUUCGCCCCAGUGCACCUACGAGAACGUCAAUGGCUUGCUGCCCCCCAGCACCUCCUCUCUCUGCCGAAGCGGGCGCUUGAAACUCACCCGGGAGGAUGCGGGCUUACCCGGCUGCUCCCAUCGCAGGACGGCGUUGCUGCACUAUGAGAACUUGCCGUCGCUGCCGCCGGUGUGGGAGUGCCAGCCGCUCCGGCAGGGCGAGGAGGACGUGGGCGCUGGGGACAUGCUGACGCCUUCCCCCAGUGGCUACUCCGAGACCGGUGAAGAAGUUCCCCUGCAGAACUACGUGAACUCAGAGAACACCGCGCUGCACGGGGGCAGCAGCCAGCGGCGCAGCGGCUUUCUGCCAAAGCCUCGUCGCAGCUGCGUGCCCAGCGUCUUCAGCUUCGACUUCCCCCGGCCCUGUCCCGAGCAGCCACGGCAACUCAACUACAUCCAGGUGGAACUGGAGGCUGAGCCGUGCAAGGGACAUCAGAACACACCGGUCCCCCGUGUCCCACCUCCUGCCACCCAUGAAGCCCGCCGGACGGACUCCUAUGCAGUCAUUGACCUAAAAAAGACAGCGGCCAUGUCCAGUUUGCAAAGGGCCCUGCCGAGAGAUGAUGGGACUUCACGGAAAACUCGACAUAACAGCACUGACCUGCCUCUGUAAGGGGGAACGCCAAGUGCAAGCACUGUGUCGUGGCUUUGGUGCCUGCCCUCCAGUCCAUUGCCCGGUGUGACUUCCAUUCGCCAUUGCCUUCUGCUUCCCUGUUUGCCCCAUUACCUGGUGUCACGGGAUGGCUCCUACAGCUGAUGUUGAGGCUAAUCUGUCUGUCCAUCUUCCCCUCGCCGUCUCUCUUGUGUAGUCAAUUCGGAACGCCUUUUGGGAUAUUUCACCACACCGUUUGAAGGUUAAAUCUCUGGCAAGAGGGGCAGGAGGUGCCAGCGAUAGUUCCGGCCCUGUGUGAAUACAGCCUUGAAUCGGGUUAGCUCUCCUGAUUGCCCGGCAGCUCCGUGAGCGGUGCCAGCAGCCUGGCUGCAGAGGAAAGGCAGUAGCAUGGUGGAGGCGUGUUUCCAAAAGCGAGUUGCUUUAGGAGCUCCACUGCAAAUCAAGCCCGUUUCCCGUAGAUUUCAUGCCUUGCGGCUCCAGGCCAGCUCUGCAGCCGGGCCACUCCAAAGUCAGGUUUUGCCUUGUGGUUUCGCUGGUCCCUGGUGACGUGGGAGCUCAUGCUGCGGUCUUUCCCUCCACCCCCAACUCGCUCCUUUCUGCCCUCUGCACUGUUACCUAUUCUCUUGAAGCUUGUAGAAUCUUUUUAUACUUCUGUCCCUUUCUCAGAUUGAAUUUAAAUUGGGCAGCUCUAGGAAUUGAUAGAGGAGGGCAGACAGUCAUGGGCACAGACACUGUGAUCACAUAAACCUGAUUUCCUAAAGAAGAGUCCCUGCUUUAAAAGAGGAGGGGAAGACCGCAACUAUGAGAGAGAUUUGAGGUUUGGUGUAGAAAAUUUCAAUUGUACUGUACCCUGUUUUGGUUUUUAAGGUUCUUUUUGGUGGCUGUUCAGAACUGUUGUUGAUUGAUUUAUUUAUUUACUUAUUUAUUAAAUGUUCUUUUGCAUCCCAGUGGUAAUUGCCAAGACCGGUGCCAAUAUGGAAUGUGUACUUGCUGUGGCUCACUCCUGUCUGGGGGACAGAACUUGGAAGAGGUUGGUGGCUUUGCUGAGCUGCACUUGGGCAAAAAGAGGAGCUGUGAAUCCAAAAAUUUUUAACUGUGAUUGACCGUCACAGAGUGGGUGGGAAAUGGUAUUGGAGGUGUGGGAGUGCGAGCAGAGCUGCCAGGCAGCUGAGCUUGGAGUUGUAUCAAAGUCGUUGCCUACACCCAUGUGCCUGGUUGGGUCCAUGAGAAAUAUUUGAUCAGUGUUUUGAGUGAAUGUGCAGUUUGUUUCCUACAACUAUGGACUUGGAAGGGCUAAAUUUCAGCUCUCGGGGAAAUUUGUGGCCUUUGAUGUGGAUUUUUCUCUUGAUACCAGGGCUGAGUCUAAGCUGGGCUGUCAGGCUUCUGUGUGAGGUACUGUGUAGGGUCUCUGCUCCUUCCCCAUCGCGGGAUGUUCCACCACCCCUCUCUGCUGCAGCUUAAUCCCUCCCUGGAUUACUCUUUGCCAUUAUAAGCUGCUGCAAUGAGACAGAAGUACUCUGGGUUAGUCUGGAGCGCUACCUUUCUGCUGUCUGUAUUAUUCACUGUCCUCUCAGGGAUAGGAGGUGAGAGAUCCAGUGCUCUGCGAGGUGUCCUGCUGCCAGAAACGUUGCCAAACCUUGCUGUGUUCUCCCUGUCCCUGAUGUAUGUCGAAGUCAGUGAGCCUCUGGUGUGAAAGAGGAGAGGAGCUGAUCAUCACCCGGCUGCAACCUGCUUCUGAGGUCCAGAAACUUGAUUUCCAGGUUUUUGAAGUUCAGCCUUUUUGGUUGUGGUGCUGUCAUGUCAUAUUGCAAUGUGACCCUUCUGGGAGGGAGGACAUGUGCCGUGCAGUUCAGAAAAAGUGAUCAAAAGUGUGAGUAAUGCCAUGCUUGUGUUGGCAGAACAUGGAUUUCUUGGCUUGCUGUUGCACUAUAAAUUCAAGGUGCACCACGUGCUUAAGUUCACUGGGUUUUUUUCUGUUGUUGUGUCUUGUGGGUUUUUUUUGGAAGUCUUUGUGCUUGCCUUCCAUUCUUUUCUCCACCCCAGCCCUUGUGUGAUCUAUAACCGAAAAGAAGCCCAAGUAAUAUAUUUUUAUACGUAUACCAAAUGACUUUAUUUGAAGGGGGAGGGGAGGGGAAGACAAGUAAUGUAUCCCCCUAAAUCUAACUUUCAUUUAGGGAAGUGAGAGAAGAAAUUGUUUAUAUAUCUAUCUAUAUAUAUAAAGUUAAGUGCGUUAGACUUUAAAUAAACUAUCUAAAUAAAGAGUUUAUCUGAG